UGACGGAAUAAUAAUUCGCCCGCCCAGCAACGCGUCCAUCCAAACGAAACAGGUGGAGGCGGAGCGGCGAAACCUUCCGUCCAACAGAAACGCCUUUGGUUCUCUCUCCUUUUCCGUGACAACGGCAAACCAAACCAGACCAGACCAACACACAGCGCAAAAUCUUCCGAUCUCCCUCCUCCCGACUCCCGAGUCCCCGCUCCCCCUUCGUCGCGCAUAGAUCCGCGGCCAUGGCGUCGCGCAGGCGAAUGCUCCUCAAGGUCAUCAUCCUCGGCGACAGCGGGGUCGGGAAGACGUCGCUGAUGAACCAGUACGUCAACAACAAGUUCAGCAACCAGUACAAGGCCACCAUCGGCGCCGAUUUCCUCACCAAGGAGGUCAAGAUCGACGACCGCCUCUUCACUCUACAGAUAUGGGACACAGCAGGACAGGAACGUUUUCAGAGUCUUGGUGUGGCAUUUUACCGGGGAGCUGACUGUUGUGUUCUCGUAUAUGAUGUCAAUGUUACCAAGUCAUUUGAAAAACUCAACAACUGGCGCGAGGAAUUCCUAAUUCAAGCUAGCCCAUCGGAUCCAGAGAAUUUCCCUUUUGUUUUACUUGGAAACAAGAUUGACGUCGAUGGUGGUAACAGCAGGACUGUUUCUGAGAAAAAGGCUAAAGCUUGGUGUGCUUCGAAGGGAAACAUCCCUUAUUUUGAGACGUCUGCUAAAGAAGGCUUCAAUGUGGAAGCAGCUUUCGAGUGUAUAGCAAGGAAUGCUAUCAAGAAUGAACCUGAAGAAGAUAUAUAUCUCCCUGAUACAAUUGACAUGGGCGGUGCUGGAAGGCAACAACGCUCGACAGGCUGUGAAUGCUAGAAGAUACGGAUCCUCCUCAGUUCUGAUUGGCCUGGUGAUGCUUGCUCGUCCAGAGUUCGAUAUAUAUAUAAAUAUAUAUAUAUAUAGUUUGAAAGCUGCUAUCGUGUAUCGGUUGCUACAUAUGGUUGUCUAGUAUUCACUCCCUUCCAACGAGACGGGAGAAAUUUCAUUCAUAACUUCUGAUUCUUUGUAUGAGCGCUAGAUGGUAUAGAGUUGGCAUUCUUUUUAGUCUUUGCGAGCUUUUGGUUGUUGUGGUGCGUGUGUGUGUGUGUAUAUAUAUAUAUAUCUCAGAAGAUCAAAUACUAUAUUUAUGAUGAAGAUUGUAACCGGACAGAAGGACGGGCCAAUAUUCCUGGUUUCCUCUUCUAACCAUUUCGAUUGUAGAUCCAGAUCUUUAUCUAUAUGGUUUGUCUUUUGCC